AUGGAGUCAAUGUUCAAGCAGAUAAUGGAUGCUCAGUCUAGAUUAGCAAAGGACAUUGGUCAUGAGUUCCAAACCGUGCACUCCAAGAUUGAUACUAGCUAUACCGAGCUGAACAACAAGUUCCUACUACUUGCCUCUCGCUUUAAUGCUUUGGAGAGUCAGGUCGCCUCUAUGCCAUCAUCUUCCAAGAGCCCAAUGGGAUCACUACUAGGGAAACCAGAUAAGAAUCCCAAGGAGUCUUGCAAUGUUGUCAUCUCUACUACUUAUUCAAAGAUUGAGCUGAGUGAUCAUGAGAAAGAGGUGGAUGAGAUUGAAAGACUUUUGCAUGGAACAGAGAUUGUAGCAACAGCUGAAGCACAUAUGGUGGAUAAGGUUAUGGAAAGGGUUCAGGUGCAAGUUGAAAGGAAAGUUGAAGCAACAAAUCUGCAGAGAGCUGAGCCUAGGGCUGAGAAACAAGUUGAGAGGAGAGCUGACAACAAGCUGAAAGAGGUUAAGCUAGAAGAAGCCACUGAGGUUGAGCUGUCACCAUAUGAGGUCCCACUCCCAUUUCCACAAAGGGUUCUCACCAAAGCUCAGAAGAAGGUUAUCUCUAAGUUCAGGAAGGACCUAAGUGAUGUUGGCGUCAAGCUUCCAGAGAUCUCGGGUAUGCGUGAGGCUCAUGUCCAAAUGCUGCUCAUCCAGGACAUUCUCACUCACAAAGAAGAAGUAGCAGAGCUCCUGAACAUCUCAACACUGCAGCUUGACCCACCAGUCCCUCCAAAGUCUCUUCCUAAGCUUGGACACCAAGGGAUGUUCACUUUACCUUGCUCCCUUGGUCAGCUCACUCUUAAAGAUGCUCUUGUUGAUUCUGGUGCUAGUGUGAAUGUAAUCUCAAUGGAGAUGGUGAAGAGUAUAGGGAUUGAGAGUAUGGAACCAGACAAGUCUUCACUACAGUUUGGGGAUUCCUCUUCUACAACCCCACUUG